GUGGUGCACUCUAGGCCUGUUGGAGGCUUUUUUGUUUUUAAAUUUGUCCAGAGUGGUCUUGCUGCUGCACUCUGCCACAGGGGAAUUGAUCCCUGCUCUUCCAUAUCUCAGGUUGACCUCCUUGCCAGAGAAGCCCCCCGCUAUUGAUUGGGUUUAUUACAAGACUGCAGUUGCUAAGGUUGGCACAGUGGAUGAGUUUGAAAAGAAGUACAAUGCACUAAAGGUUCCGGAUCCUGUGGACACACAAAUGGACAAGAUAAAUGCCCAGGAAAAGGAAGCUUACAAUGCACUAAAGGUUCCUGAGCCUGUGGACACACAAACAGACAAGAUAAAUGCCCAGGAAAAGGAAGCUGCUAAGAGUGCUGCUGAAUAUGUGCAGGCCUCUAAAUCCCGUAUUGUCCAGUAUGAGAAACAGCUUGAGAAGUUCAGAACCAUGAUUCCAUUUGAUCAGAUGACAUUUGAGGACUUGAAUGAGGUCUUCCCUGAAACCAAACUGGACAAGGAGAAGUAUCCAUACUGGCCACACAAACCUAUUGAAGACCUGUAAAUCUGUCCGAAAGCAGUUUCUGGUGACUGUCAAAUUCUCUAGAAUCUUUUAAAUAAAGUAAUUGUACAGGGCUUCA